GCUGGAGUCAUAAGCGGUACGACGAUGGAGACAUGUUCUGCUUCGAUUCCACAACCUGUGACUCCGGAGCCAAAUCCUCUUCUUCUACCUGAGCAUGCUCAAUUUCUUGAGUCGAGUCCAUCCAUGGUAAGGUUUCUUGUUCGUUAAACUACUAUGGCUGAGAGGUGUCACAUAUAGAUUUACUGAUGUUGUAAAACGUUUCCAGAGCCUUGUGAAUGUGAUGAUCUCCCCAAAGAGAGAGUGUGACGGAUUUGAUUAUAUUCCUCAGCAAGAUGGAGCGAGAGACCUUGUCACAGAUCCAAACACUUAUGCUCCUUAUGAUGUAGAUGAGAAUGAAGAGCUUUUGAACGAGGACGAUGAUGAGGAAGACGCUAUUGAUGAAGAUGAUAUCAACAGCAUUCCACAUUUAGUCAUGUGUCAAUUUGAUAAGGUGAGGCGUUGCAAGAAUAGGUGGGAGUGCAAAUUCAAUGCGGGCGUUAUGCAAAUAAACGGCAAAAAUGUUCUUUUCUCAGAGGCCACUGGAGAUUUCAACUUCUAAAAGAUGCAACGAGAAGCACCCUCUCUUCUGAUUUUACAGAACAUAUUUUGGCUUU